GAUGUGUCGUCAAAUUUCCUGCGCUCCAUACAAAAAUCCUGACCGCAACUGCUGACAGUAAUAUGAUAAACAGUGGUUAAGAUUAUUAUAUUUAGAAUGAUUAGCGCAAUCCAGAGUUAUCGACGUAACUUGUCCACGUAAUUCCGUUGUUUAAUGAAAGUCUCUUUCAACUCUUGAAAUCCUAAUAAGUUGCUCUAUUUUUAACAUUCCUAAUGUCACUUGAUAUUUAAUUUCUUUUGCAGAAUAAGCUUUAGUAAAUUAUAAUUUCAACCUUUCAAAGAUCCGCGGUCAGAGAACAAUUAAUUAUAUACAGUAAUAUAAAAUAUUUCAAAAAAUAUAAAGCCGAAGUAGUAUUCAAUCACGAAUGAAAAUGACGAUGAUUAAAUGAUGAUGAAACAGAAAUGAAGAAAAAAGAUUUAUAUUAUAAUUACAAAACUACUUUUCACUUUUAUGAACAUAUAAAUUAUGAAAUUUCAUAGAAUCUGUACAUCUUUACAAUUCCUUGAUUUCUUUCAAGAAGUAAUCCCAGAGAGCACAAUUCAUACAUUCCUUGCAUGUUCCUUGAGAUCAACUCCUGCUUCACAUGAUAACUAAUCUGUUUCAUCGCAAAAAGAAAAAAAUGCGAUCAGUCUCUUUGACGUGAUCUGAAGAUUCAGAUAAGUCUCGGAAGCAGAUAAUAUGCGGUCGAUAAGGGAAAACCGACGUCAGCUCAUAAUCGGAAGUCAUCACUUACCCAAAUCAGUUCAAACCAGUCAACGAAGAGCUACUUAAAUACCCAAGCCGCCCGUAUUCGCUUCAGUAUACUUCUACUUGAUAUUUUGCGCAGUUGUGAGCUUCGCUCGCUCGCGUUUCAUAUUGUGUGCUGCAUCGUGCGAAAGAAGACAGGAUUGCAAGGAGAGAGGAUAAUAAGUGAUUAUAAUGAUGGUAUUGAGAAAAUACACCAUAGUGUUUAUGCUGGAAGUCUUCGUUAUCUUACCGAUCAUUGUUGGGGCUCGUCUUUAUCAUGAUUACGAUUCUUAUCAAGAAUACUAUGACAAUCAUAUUUAUGACAUUAAUAGCGAACAAUUGAAACCGAUACCCGAGGAAAUUGCCGAGGAAUCCUUUUAUAAUCCUAAUAACGACGCAAAGAAACAAAUAAACUCGCGUUUUACAGGUAUACCGUCAAGGGUCAGUAAAUAUACAAAGUUGGAGAACAAUUUUGCAUUUCCGGAUGAGCAAUCGCAAGCGCAAACUGGGGAAGAUCGUAACAGCAAUAGAAAAAUUGUACUCAGUCCAGUAGCAAAAUGCAACGAUAAGAAUCAAACUUUUUGCGAAGAUGUCCCAAAUUAUCCCACUGAGUUUGUCAAUUGGGCGCUUUCGAAGAAUUCCAGUUUGAUGCACUAUGCACACCGGGAUGUUAUAGCUAUUGUGCAGCGUGCAGAUACCGCUGAGGAAACACUUUGUUUGUCUACGGAACAACUGAUUCGUCCAAAAGCAGGUAUAAAUAUAGAGAAUAAAUGGCUAUACAUUCUUCAGUCGAAUGAAACAGGUUUUCAUCAAAAUAUACGGGUUGAAACGUGCCAAGAGGCAAAUAGCAAAUGCAGGUUAAUUGACGGUUUUGCGGAAGGAUAUGUCACGACGUGCAAGCAGAAAUAUAUUUAUCGCGAGUUGUCAGCCAUCUCCGAGGACGGUGAGGUCGUCCGUGAUUACUUCCGAUUUCCCGCAAGCUGUUGCUGCCACGUUCAGUUCCAAGUUACCGGAGAUGAUACUGAGUGAAACAAAAAUAAUAAAUGAGAAUGGGAUCAGUUCCAAAAAA